AUGUCUAAUAAUACUGAAAAAAGAAAGAAAGAAUUGCUAAAUGAAAUUGGGGAUAAAUUAAACGUUGAUUGGCUUUUAAGAGAAAAAUCAAGCGAUAUAGGCAUACAUCAUCAUCCUUAUCAUAACACCAAUGAUGACAAAACCAAGACUUCCGCCACUCACAGUUACCAAUCUAAUAAUAAUUCAUCAGUUGAUGAGAAACCCACUUCCCAUAUUUCUAGUAAAGACUCGAACGAGAUUCCUACUACAUUAGAAAAUAAAGAUGUGAAUGAGAAUUAUAAUAGUAAUAGGUUAUAUAGAAAUGAUACAAGGUUAGAUAAUUUUUCACCAUUUGAUUAUAAUUUGGCAAAUAUCGCUAAACAUAAUGAUAAUAACAUUGAUGCCGUCCCAUUAAGAAGAACUAAGUCUUUAUCUGUUAAUUCUGCUGGCCAUACUGAGAGGGUUCCCUAUAAUAUAGCGCCGGUGCCUCCUACUACAAAAAAGAGAGGUUUUUUUAGAAGUUUAUUUAGUAGACACAACAAGGAACAUGAACAUGAACAUGAACAUGAACAUGAACACGAACAUCAACAAGAAGAACGGAAAUCCCCCGUACCAUCCAUGUCUAAUAGAAGCAGAUCUAACAGCAUUAAUAAAAUGAACUCUUCAAAAUAUUCUGAAAACAAGAACAUUAGUAAAUCACAUGAUACGGCUUCAAUCAAGAAAUUUGACCCACCUGUAACUGGAAGCAACAAUGGUCCUAAUAAUGUUGGCUCGACAAGAUUGUACAAAGCGAGAACCACUGGUUCUGUUUCAUUGAAUGACGUUGAUCCCAGGUUAGAAGAAUUUUUACAAUAUUAUAAAGCUAGAAAUAUGAAAAAAUUAAAAGAGGAGGAAAAUGAAGAAACAAGCAACAAUGAUAAUAUUAAUGUUAAGAAACUUAAAGCUACUUUUCAACUAAAUCCAAAGGAUAAUACUAGUAACAAGUUUCGUAAUAAAAAAUCCAAUGUUGUAGAUGCCAAAGGAAGGCCUAUUCCACCGCAUCCAGAUAAACCUAAAUUACCACCAGCUAUUAACAGAAAAUAUUAUAUUUCCAAUACUAGUAGUGAUAGUAGCAUAGGGGAAAAUUCUUCGACAGAUCAUUAUCAUCAUCAUCAUCACCCUCACCACCAUCAGAACCAUAGUCCUCAUGGUUAUGAUCAUCAUGAUAUUAGAAACAAUAACAGUGCUCGUAGUGAUAGCAACAUAUCCACCGGUAGUGGUAAUAGAUUAACAAACAGAUUAUCCAGAACAUUGUCUGGUAGAAGUAAUAGUAAUAACUCUAACCUCAACAGUGGCUCAGCUAAGACAACCAGCGGUACAUCCAAGUUUGGUUCAUUUUUAAGGAGAGUUACUUCUCAUAUAGAAGAGGAAGACGAAGACGAUAAUGAUGCCGGUAGUGGCCAGAAAAGAAAACAAAGAAAAGAGUCGCAGCACCAUGCUAGUACCGCUGAUUCUAAUUCAGAUGACGAUUAUGACGAUUAUAGCGACUAUAGUGACUACUCAAUUUCUUCCUCAUCUUCAGACAGUUCUUUAUCUGAUGAGGAUAAUGAAAAUGAUAGCACCAGCAGUAAUCUCAUACUUAAGGAGGGACUACCACCUGGUUUAGAAACGGUUAAACCAUUAAAGAAAGUUUCAUUUGCCAUAAAUACCUUUUUCAACGAUCCACCUCAACAAAUUUGUAGCAGAAACCCCAGAAAGGGCGAAGUGGAAAUAAAACCUGAUGGUAGCGUUGUUAUUCAUAGAUUGACUCCAGAGGAAAAACGCAAGAUUAUGGAAACCGCCACUUGCGGUAUUGUUAUUGGUGGUACUGGUCCUUUGAAAUUGUUAGAUGAUGAGGACGUUGAUGCUCAAAAGGUGAAUCCAAAAAAAUUGGAGGAAAAAGCUCCUGAAUCAAUUCAUGAGAAAGCAGAUGUGCCAUCUCCAACAACGGUUAAUACAACGCCUACCACCACUGCUAAUAAUAAUAACAAGACUCGUAAAAGUGCCGAUGCUAAAGAAGAAGAGGAAGAAGAGGAAGUAGGUGUUUCCAAAACAGCUUCUGCAGUUAAGAUUGAUAAACCAAUAUUGACUAGACGUGCUGGCUCAGCUGUUUCUAUGGCAUCAUUUUUAUCUAGCGGCGGCGAUGAUGAUGAUGAUAAUUGCUUUGUUUAUCCUCCACGCAAUUUGAAGAUAGCAAAUGAUAUUUUAUAUACUAGAUGUUGUCAUCUACGUGAAAUUCUACCCAUACCGUCUAUCAUGAGACAGAUUGUCAAAGGUAGUACUGAUCCAAUCCCGAUGUUGCAAAUGAGAAACCCUCGACCAUCGAUGAUAGAAAUUUUAUCAUUUAGUGAUUUUAUUAGUAUUGCCCCAGUUUUAUGUAUUUCGCUAGAUGGUAUUUUUUUAAGUUGUGAAAUGUUCAGGAUUAUUUUAGCCUCAUUACAGUAUAAACAAAACUUUGAGAAACUUUCACUAAGAAAUACUCCAUUAGAUGAAGAAGGUUGGAAGAAUUUAUGUUAUUUUAUUUCGAAAAGUAGAUCUUUGAAAUGUAUUAACUUGACCAUGGUACCUGGUGCUCGUGUUAAUGUACAAAAACCUUCUAGAUCCUCUUUGAAAUCCAACAUAGUUAGGAUGCAAUGUAAUAUGAAUAACAGGAGUGACCGUAAUUGGAACUUGUUAACGGCAAGCAUUGCUGGCAACAAAUCGCACAUAGAGGAAAUUAUUUUAUCCGGUGCCAGAAUGAGUUCGCUAGAGGAAUUUAAAAAUUUCAUUGAAGUUGCUUGUAUAUAUACUAAAAGAUUAGGUCUAGCUUAUAAUGAUUUAACAUUUGAUCAAUGCUCGGCCCUGGCUAAAUGGUUAGGUCAGUCUAGAGUUACUGGACUAGAUGUUGGUUAUAACAACCUAUUUGGCAAGUUGUCCCCUUUCAUUGACGUCAUUUUGACUAAGAUCAAAAAUAAGAAAACAAACGAAUUUAAAUAUCUAUCCUUGAACUCUACGGAAUUGGCCGUUGGUGAGAAGGAUACCAGUAAAGACAGCGAAGUUAUUAAACUAUUAAAUGCGCUAUGCUAUUGUGACAAUUUAAAGUUUUUAGAUUUAUCCAACAACCCAAAAUUAUUUCCAUACGGCACGCAUUUUUUGACUGAAAGUUUACCGGUUUGUGUUAGUUUGGUAAGACUACAUUUAGAUUAUAACGAUAUGGAUCCAGCUUCUAUAAUUGCUAUUGCUGAAGUUGUUCCCAUAUGUCGUACGUUAAGUUAUUUGUCUUUGAUUGGAAAUAAAUUAACUCCGAUUUGUUGUUCUGCGCUAGCCAAUGCAGCACGAAAGAGCAAUUCCUUGAUGAAUUUGGAUUUGGAUUAUGAUGAUGUGCCAAGUUCUGUAAGACAAAAGAUGUCAGUUUAUACUCUAAGAAACACGGAAUUGCAAGUUAAGAAAAUGAAGGUUAAAAAUGCUUCUGGUUCAACUUACGAAUAUGCGACAGACACUGUUUCCAAACUACAAGAAGAAUUAAACCAUUUGUUAGCGAAAGGUGAUCUCUCCGACGAUGAAGCUUAUAAUAAAACAGCCAGUGAAGUUAUCAGCAAAAUAACCAACAUUAGGAAUGGGCUACAAAAUGUUAUUGAGAAUUUGUUUAAAUUAAGAAUGACUAAUGAAUUAAAUACUGAGGGCAAAGAGACAUUGAUUAGGCUAUGCUUUAUUGAUUCAUCCUUGGAAAAAGGUGCAGAAUUGUUGUCAGACAAGCUAAAGAAUACUUUCACUGACACUAAGGCUUCCGCUGGUAAUAAUGCCAGUAUUCCUGAUACUUCUAAGUCAAUCUUCUUGCACACUAUGGAGGAAGUUAAAAAGGGCCACGAACAUUCUUUACCGGUGUUAACUGAAAAUGAUAGCAGUGUUUCAAUGCGGAAACAAGGUACUGACUCUAGUACAGGUUUGAGAGCCUCAUCCAAAUUUAACUCACAUCUCAAUUUGUUUCCUUUUCAAAAUUCAUCCGGAACCAAUUCUCCAACUUUGCAAACAUUUGAACCAGACGAAGCAGUACAUUUUGACGGGGAUGCCAACAACAGUUCUCAAAUUGCCUUAGAUCAACUAAGGGAAGAGGGUAGCAUUUUGAAGAAAACUACUGCGUUGAUGAAAACUAUGAAGGGGACUUCAUGGUCAGAUGAAAUUAGUCAAAGCUUGAACAGCGCUUCCGAUAGCAUAUCUUCUACUGACAUCAAACAAUUUAUCUUGACACAUGAUGUGGGAAAGGUGAUCGAUUUGUUGAAUCAAUUGAAAAAAGAAGGUGUAGACUACAAAGAGUUGUUUAAAAAGAACGGAAAUUCAAGUAAUAAUGAGGGGACCGAAUUAACUAGUCAAAAUGGUACCAACAAGGGAAGUCCAAAUGACAGUACAACCAGUAAUCCAUCCAGUGUUGCGAAUAAAGUAAGUUUGCCUACCAAUACUAGCACCGAUGCCAGUAUUCAUGUCAAUACCGAUACCAGUACCAAUGUUAAUACCGAUGCUACUACUGAUGUUAGUGCCGAUACUAAUGCCAAUUCUAAUACCAAUUCUAAUGCUAAUGCUAAUACUAAUUCUAAUAUUAAUUCUAAUGACAAUCUUACUACUGGAGAUAGUAACACACAUCUUAAAACUAAUUCUGUUGCUGGAUUGGAUGCAAUUUUGAAAGAAGACAGAUCUAAAUAUCACGACUCAAAUAGUGAUGAGGACAGCGUUAUUACUACUGACGAUGAAGAACGGGAUGCAAAAGACACACAAGACAACACUGAUUUUGAUAAAGCUUAUGAUCAAGUGCUAGACAAAAUUGAAAGGGUCAGGACCAAUAAUAACUGA